AUGGCGCCCAUCAAACGAUUCUUUCUCUUGGGUGAGGAUGUGGCGACCGCUAGAGAGAUUGAGUUGCCGCCUGACUUGCAGCUCGCCGACCUUCAAGAGAUUGUAGCUGCGCAUUUCUGCAUUGUCCAACCUAAGGCAGGCGUUUCUUUCACAUCACAGACGGAGAAUCUUGCCUCUAUCGAAGAUGUCUUGGCGGCAGAUGAAGCCAUCACCGUCAGCAUAGACGGCAGAAAGGCCCGAGAAGUGCCCGGUCCCAAAGGCCUGCCAUAUUUCGGCAGCUACUUUGAGAUCUACCCAGACCAUCUCGGAAACCACCAACGCCUGUUCGACAUGUACGGCCCACUGUUCAAGACGACUACCAUGGGCCGGACCAUAUACCACACCAACGACCCCGAGCUGGCCAGCAUCGUGUUUGCAGAGAGCGAGUUCUUCUCCAAGGUCAUCAACGAGGACCACCCCCUGUACCCCAUCAAGAACAAGCAAGCCGGAGUCUUCCUCGGCGACACCAACACCGAGGAGUGGCGUAUCGUCCACAAAUUCCUUCCCCCAGCCUUUGGACCCAAGGCGGUCAGGCACUACGCCCCGACGAUGCAGAAGACGGUCGAAGACGCAUUCAAGGUGUUUGACGAGUUGGACACCCGGGGUGAGGCGUGGAAUGUCUACCCCUACAUGCUCAAGCUCGGCUCCCAGGCCGUUGGCAAGCUCGUCCUCGGUUACGACUUCAAUCACUUUAACGCCGUGGACCAGCCACCGCACGAGCUUGUGAUGCUGAUGGCUGAAUCGCUCGAGCUCAACAAGAAGGUGGCAUCCCGCGGAGACUGGUAUGCCGCACUGCCGUUUGGAGACCCCAAAAGGUUGCGGGGGAUGAAGGAACGCAUCUUCCACCUCAUGCAGAAGCCCAUCCAGGACGCCAAGAGGGGUGGCAUCGAAGACCUCGAUCUCCAAGAUGCCGCGCUCAAGGCAGAGAACAUGAUAGAUUACAUCCUUCGCGCAACCGACAACAAGGGUGACAAGCUCCCCGCAACAUCCUUCAUCGAGCCCCUCGUCGUGGCCACCGGCGCCGGCUUUACCACCACCAGCUCCCUCCUCUCCUGGCUCAUCUACGGGCUAGUAACGUACCCCGGCAUGCAAGACCGCCUCCUGCAAGAGCUCAUCGACAACGACUUCGAUGAGAACACCCAAAUCACCGCCGAGCUGACCAACAAACUCACCUUUUUCGACAAGUACAUCAAGGAGACCCAACGCCGGCACAACCCUUCCUUCCAGCCGGCCCGCACGGCACUCAGGGACCUGAUCCUCCCCGGCGGCUACAAGAUCCCCGAGGGCGCCGUCGUCAUCCCGGCGCUGCACCACAUCCAUAACAACCCGGCCGUUUGGGACAGCCCCGCGCGGUUCGACCCGGAUCGAUGGGACACAGACGCCGUGAGGAACCGCCACAAGGCCGCCUACAUCCCCUUCGCGACGGGCCCGCGCUCGUGCAUCGGCUUCAACUUUGCCCUGCAGGAGGUCAAAGUGUUCUUGCCCAAGCUCGUGUACCGGUACCGGUUCGAGCGCGAGGACGAGAAUGACACGAUCGAGUAUGAUCCCAUGUUCCAGCUCAUCAGGCCGGUGAAUUUGUAUGUGAGGGCGGAGAGGAGGACGUCGUGGCCUGCGAAGAGUCGGUCGUGA